AUGGACCAGCAGGGGACCUACCAGACCAACGUCACCGACGACUGGCCCGUUGCUGGUCAGGCGACGCCCGUCGGUCACGUCGGCCGCCGUCUGAUCUCGCAGCGUGAUUUCUUCUACUACUUCGUGCGCGACAGACCGAGCAACCACACUCGCGCGGGCCUCAAGGAGCACCGGCGCGCCGUCUUCACGCGCAGCUACCUGCUCGCUUGGCUGCUCGCGUUGCUGCCCUGCUUCAGCGUCUGGCUCUCCUCCAUGACGUACUGGAGCGUCAACAUAGGCGGGGGCCUGAACCCCGCGCUGAGCUCGCGCAACCGGCUGCGCCACAACGCACUGCUCAGCUCCGUCAUCGUCGUGUUCUCUGAUUUGGCGUUCGGCGUCCUCAACAGCAUGGUGCUGUUCUCUGUGCGCGGCACUCUCGAGGUCCGCUCCGCGUUCAUGUACGGGGAGCUGCUGGAGCUGGACGACGACCCGCAGGCGCUUACGUUCGUCGCCUUCACCACCGUCGUCGAGAUGAUGCCACACCAGCGCUUCUGGGGCGUCAUUUACUUCGGCACGAUGCUGGGGCAGACGGUGGGCUCGGUCGCCAUGGUCGUCAUCGCCCUGGGCCUGAGCCUGGUGGACGCGGUGCCGUUCUUCGGGCACUUGGCGUUCCCGCUGGCGGCGCUGACGGCCUACUCGCCAGCGCUGCUCCUCGGCGCGGUUGUCGGCCUCGGCACCUGGUUUGGCUCCGAAUGGUCCUGCUUCUCGCUCUUCCAGCUGCAGUGGAUCGUAUGCAACAUGCUGAUCGCCAUGGUGCUCGGUCAGAAGCUCUCGAAGCCGGCAUUCCUGACCGAGACCAGGGAGCUCCUGCAUCAGCCGCUCGGCCGCAACCUCGGACGCUUCUUCGUCGUCAGCUGGCUCGUCAUCACGCCCUUCAUCACCGUCUUCCAGAUGCUGUACAUGAUAACGCACUUCCAGCUGCCGCCCGUGCGCCCCGGCUCGCACUGGUUGAUGGCGCUGAGCUGGGUGGCGGUCUCAACGCCGCCUCUGGUGACACUCGUGACCACGGUGGUGGUGUGCCGCAGCACCAACACCUGGGCGCUGUUCGCCACCACCGACCAGUUCCGGCCGGAUCCGCAAGCGCUAGUCGAGCUUCAGAGUGCCGCCACGAUCGGCCUGGAGACGUACGUGGACCAGACGUCCAGCGGCAAGCGUUGA